AUGGAAGAAGAAGGGAUUGAAGAGAGUAGCGUGAGAUUGUUGGGCGGCGGCAACGGCAACGGCGGAGGUGUUGGUGGGGAGUCUAGGUGGGUAGAUGGAAGUGAAGUGGAUUUAGAGCCACCACCAUGGUCUUUGAUUGGUGAAGUGGAGAUUAGUGAAGGGAAAAGUAGAAAACUGAAAGAGGAAGGGAUUGAAGAGAGUAGUGUGAGAUUGUUGGGUGGUAGUGGUGGUGGGAGCGGAGGUGGUGGGGAGAUUAGGUGGGUGGAUGGAAGUGAAGUGGAUUCAGAAUCACCACCAUGGUCUUUGGUGGGUGAUGUGGAUAUUAUUGAAGGUUUAGGAUCUGUUAGAAGGAGGCUUGUAAAGAAGCCUAAAAGAGUUGAUUCUUUUGAUGUUGAAGCUAUGAAAAUUGCUGACUCUUCUGGACAUCAUAAAAAGGAUAUUUCUCUUUGGAGAACUCUCGCGAUGGCAUUUCAAACACUCGGUGUUGUAUACGGUGAUAUGGGCACAAGCCCUUUAUACGUCUUCUCUGAUGUAUUCAGUAAGGUGCCCAUAACAUCAGAGGUCGAUGUCUUGGGAGCUUUAUCGCUUGUAAUGUACACAAUUGCUCUCAUUCCUUUAACAAAAUAUGUUUUUGUGGUGCUCAAGGCAAAUGAUAAUGGAGAAGGAGGAACAUUUGCAUUAUAUUCACUGAUUUGCAGGUAUGCAAAUGUUAAUCUUCUUCCCAAUCGUCAACAGGCCGAUGAAUAUAUUUCAAGUUUCAAGCUGAAACUUCCGACUCCAGAACUUGAGAGGGCAUUAAGUAUAAAAGAGACAUUGGAACAUAAGUCCUCUUUGAAAACCCUUCUCUUACUAUUGGUUCUUAUGGGCACAUCUAUGAUUAUAGGGGAUGGUAUUCUGACGCCGGCUAUUUCUGUAAUGUCUGCUGUGAGCGGUCUUCAAGGUCGGAUACCAGGAUUUGGUACAGAUGCUCUUGUUAUCGCCUCAAUUGUUAUCCUUGUGGGAUUAUUUAGCAUACAGAGGUUUGGGACAAGUAAAGUGGGGUUCACAUUUGCUCCUGCCCUUGCCUUAUGGUUCUUUAGUCUUGGAUCUAUUGGAAUUUACAAUCUUUUCAAGCACAAUGCAACAGUUAUAAAGGCAAUCAACCCUGUUUACAUCUAUCUGUUCUUCAAGAAGAAUAGCAUCAAGGGAUGGUCGGCACUCGGUGGUUGCGUGUUAUGCAUCACAGGUGCAGAAGCAAUGUUUGCUGACCUAGGUCACUUCUCUGUACCAUCAAUACAGAUUGCCUUCACCAGUGUGGUUUUUCCCUGCCUUCUCUUAGCUUACAUGGGACAAGCUGCUUAUCUCACGAAACAUCCCGGUUCAGCUGAUAGAAUAUUUUACGAUUCUGUUCCAGUUCAUCUUUUCUGGCCAGUAUUUGUGAUAGCCACGGUUGCUGCUGUCAUUGCUAGUCAGGCCAUGAUAUCUGCUUCGUUUUCGUGUGUCAAACAAGCUAUGGCUCUCGAGUGCUUCCCAAGGCUGAAAAUAGUUCACACUUCAAAAAGACGGAUGGGUCAAAUUUACGUUCCUGUCAUCAAUUGGUUUUUGAUGAUCAUGUGCAUUAUCGUGGUUGCAGCCUUUAGGAGUACCACAGAUAUAGCCAAUGCAUAUGGCAUAGCUGAGGUUGGUGUAAUGAUUGUCAGCACGACCCUGGUGACACUUGUUAUGCUCCUGAUAUGGCAAACUAACUUAUUUUUGGCUAUCUGCUUUCCACUCGUAUAUGGAACAAUAGAGCUAAUUUACUUGUCUGCCGUUUUAUCCAAGAUCACAGAGGGAGGUUGGCUACCACUAGCUUUUGCUUCUUUUUUUCUGUGUGUAAUGUAUGUGUGGAACUAUGGAAGUGUGUUGAAGUACCACAGUGAGCUUCGUGGAAAAAUCUCGACGGACUUCAUGCUUGAGCUUGGUCCGACUCUUGGAACAGUACGAGUCCCGGGAAUUGGAUUGCUGUACAAUGAGCUUGUCCAAGGUGUACCGUCCAUAUUCGGGCACUUUCUAUUGGAUCUUCCCGCUAUUCACUCUACUGUAGUCUUUGUUUGUAUCAAACACGUCCCAAUACCAUUCGUCCCUCAAGAAGAAAGGUUUCUUUUUCGAAGGGUUUGCCCAAAAGACUACCAUAUAUUUCGUUGCAUUGCUCGAUAUGGGUACAAGGAUGUUAGGAAAGAAGAUCAUCAUGCAUUUGAACAACUUUUGGUGGAAAGCCUUGAAAAAUUUUUAAGAAAAGAGGCUCUGGAUCUUGCUCUAGAGAGUAAUCAGAAUGAAUCGAAGUUUGACGACAUUUCUGCAAGAUCUAGAGAUCUUCAUGUCUGGGCUCAUGACUCGACCAGGGAGCUUACGAUCCCACUGAUGCUUGAUCAAGUAUCGGAUGAAGCAGGAACAUCUGCAUUGCCACCUAGUGUCAUGUCAGCAGACGAAGAUCCAAGUCUCGAGUAUGAAAUCUCUGCUCUUCGAGAAGCUACUGCCUCGGGAUUUACUUACCUGCUCGGUCAUGGCGAUGUCAGGGCCAAGAAAAACUCGUGGUUUCUCAAGAAGCUGACGAUAAAUUACUUCUAUGCGUUCUUGAGGAAGAACUGCAGACGAGGCGCUGCAACGAUGAGGGUUCCUCACAUGGAUAUUAUUGAAGUUGGUAUGACAUACAUGGUCUGA